GCUGGAGGGAGGAAGCCGGGAUGGGCCCAUCUCAGGCAGACCGCACGACGAUCUCUGCCGGCUCCGCAGCUCCUCACUGGAAAUUAAAGAAAAAGAAAUCAGAGAGAAGGGGUCAGAGAUCCUCCGGGAACAGCUAGACGCAGCAAAGAGGGAACUGAAACUAAAAGACAAGGAGUGCGAACGUCUGUCGCAAGUCAGGAAUCAGCUGGAGCAGGAGCUGGAGGAGCUGACUGCCAGUCUGUUUGAGGAAGCCCAUAAGAUGGUACGUGAAGCUAAUGUGAAACAAGCAGGGGCAGAGAAACAACUCAAGGAGGCUCAAGGAAAGAUUGAUGUUCUGCAAGCGGAGGUGACUGCGCUCAAAACUCUGGUGUUGACGUCCACGCCUUCCUCACCGAACCGGCAGCUGCAUCCCCAGCUGCAGUCAUCGGGCUCCAGGGGUUCCUACAGGCGCGGUGCGGGCCACAUCCGCACCAACAGCGUCGGCGCAGCCUUCCAGACCUCAUCUGGAAAACCGGAACCUUCUACUGUUUCCAUUCAGUCUGUGGCUACAGAGGAGCGAGAGAUGGACUCGGUUCUGUUUGCAGAGUUUUUGUUGUGGAGGGAACAUCCGAGUCUGGACCAAUCCUCCGCCUUCCUGAGUCGAGUUUACCGCGAAGACAUCGGGCCGUGUCUCUCCUUCACGAGAUCAGAGCUGUCCCAGCUGGUCCAGAGAGCAGUGGAAAACAACUCCCUGACCAUCGAACCUGUGGCCAUGUCGGCUUUACCGCUGGUGAAAGCAUCGGCUUUAGAGUGUGGAGGUCCUAAAAAAUGUGCUUUGAGCGGCUUGUCACGAGUCUGCCAACAUCGCAUCAAGCUGGGAGACAAGGGGAGCUACUAUUACAUCUCUCCAUCAAGCCGAGCUCGGAUCACGGCUGUGUGUAAUUUUUUCACGUAUAUCCGGUACAUCCUGCAGGGCUUAGUGAGACAAAAUGCGGAGCAGAUAUUCUGGGAGGUGAUGCGACUUCGCAGAGAGAUGGCUGUCGCUAAGCUGGGUUUCUACCUGACGGACCAGGGCUAAAUGACUUCCCAGCCAGACUGAGUCCUGAUUAGUCACAAGUCUGGGAGUUAGAGAAGUCUAUUUCAGUUCAGGACCAGGUUGUACAUCAUUAGUGAAGGGAAGCAGGAAAUGUGCUACAUUUUGAGAAUGUGAUGAGAAAAUCAAACCAGCCUGCUGGAUUACGACCUGAAAAUAAUUAUGGGAUUAUUGCUGUGGUAUUCCCCCUGUUAUCGCCACUUUUGGGCUCCAUUAGGAAAUGGGAAGGAUAUUAUCUUCCAAAGAAAUGUUCUGCAGAACUUCUUAUUGGAGCUCAAUAGAUGUAUUGAUAUAGAGUGACCUAACAGACCAGAACCACUCCAAGGAGGUUGUCUCUUACUUGAAAAAUUCAGCAACAUUUGUUUCUCACAGAAAUAUAAAGCUCAACUCCUGCCUGCAUUCAGGUGACAUACAAUUCAACACGCCUUCCUACGUCUUCGCAGUCUCUCGUGUGUGCAUGCUCUUCCUGCUCUGCAUGAUAAUAACAUCAUAAACUAGUCACCUUCAGCCUCUUGCAGCUCCAUGUGAUUCCUUUAUUUAAUCAGAUAUAUUCUCAUUAAUCACACCUUUACUCUCAGCAGUCACAGCUUUACAUUGUACAGAGGGUAAGAGCUUUAUUACAGUUAAUUACAAUGCUUCAAAUGUACAUUUGCACUCUUCAAUGAACAGUACAAUAAACAAGCCAUAAAUUACAUAGCCAUAUUAGACAAUGAUUUACCUCAGAGUGUAAAUUUCUUAUAGUAGCCCACUUUUGUUUUGAAUAAAACAUGAAUGAUUUACUGUGCAAUAUUUGCUUCUUAGCCAAAUUAUUGUUUUUUGUAAGUCAAUGUAAUGAUGAGUAACAAUGGAAACACUCCAAUAAACAUAAAGCACUGUUGCUUAAAUGUG